GGCUGUCCGGCGGCGCCGCGCCGGGAGGAGUCGCCGCUGCUCCGCGCGGGGCCGGGGCCGCCGCAGCGCCGUCGGUGGGAGUGGGUGACCCCACGGGGCACCAUGCCGCUGGGGCAGGAUGGGCCCAGCUGGAAGAAGAGGACCGAGGACAUUCGGCGCAUCUAUGACUUCCGAGAGGUCCUGGGCACGGGGGCCUUCUCCGAGGUGGUCCUGGCGGAGGAGAAGGCGACGCGGAAGCUGGUGGCCAUCAAGUGCAUCGCCAAGAAGGCACUGGAGGGGAAGGAGACCAGCAUCGAGAACGAGAUCGCCGUCCUCCACAAGAUCAAGCACCCCAACAUCGUGGCCUUGGAUGACAUCUACGAGAGCGGCACCCACCUCUACCUCAUCAUGCAGCUGGUCUCAGGGGGGGAACUCUUUGACCGCAUUGUGGAGAAGGGCUUCUACACCGAGCGGGACGCCAGCACCCUGAUCCGGCAGAUCCUUGACGCCGUCAAAUACCUGCACGACAUGGGCAUCGUCCACCGUGACCUGAAGCCCGAGAACCUGCUCUAUUACAGCCUGGACGAGGACUCCAAGAUCAUGAUCAGCGACUUUGGGCUGUCCAAGAUCGAGGGGUGCGGCAGCGUCAUGUCCACGGCCUGCGGCACCCCCGGCUACGUGGCCCCCGAGGUGCUGGCGCAGAAGCCCUACAGCAAGGCGGUGGAUUGCUGGUCCAUCGGAGUCAUCGCCUAUAUCCUGCUCUGCGGUUACCCCCCUUUCUACGACGAGAACGACGCCAAGCUCUUCGAGCAGAUCCUGCGGGCAGAGUAUGAGUUUGACUCGCCCUACUGGGACGACAUCUCAGACUCGGCCAAGGACUUCAUCCAGCACCUGAUGGAGAAGGACCCUGGCAAGCGCUUCACCUGUGAGCAAGCCCUGCAGCAUCCCUGGAUUGCUGGGGACACGGCCCUGGACAAGAACAUCCACCAGUCAGUGAGCGAGCAGAUCAAGAAGAACUUUGCAAAGAGCAAGUGGAAGCAAGCCUUCAACGCCACAGCGGUGGUGAGACACAUGAGGAAGCUGCAGCUGGGAACCAGCCAGGAGGGCCCCGGGCAGACGACUCCCACCAGCCCCAGCGAGCGGUUGGGGGGCAACACCAGCAACGGGUCGGACUGUGGGCGCCUGCCCACGAGCAGAGCUCAGCGCCUGCUGCCAGACUGAGCACGGCCCUGCAUGGCCACGUCUCGGGGUGGGGGGGGCGCAGGGAGAGUGCCAGCCCUCCCGUGGACACAGCGUGGGGUGGGGGGCUGGUGCAGGGGGGAUGGUGUGGGGGCACUCUGCCCUGCUCGCCCCAAAUGUGUGGGGCUGCCCCCCCCCCCCCGCAGGCUGCCAGCAGAGCUCUGCAUCAGGGCAGGGGCAGCCCCCAGGAGCCCCCCCCCCAACUCGGGGCUGUGUCCCAGGCCCCCUCCCACACCUCCUCCCUCCCUCCACACUUGCCCUGGCACUGCCCACCCCCCCCCAGCAUGUUCAAGGAGAAUUUUCCAAAUGGAUGUUUCUAUUUUAUUGCUUGUAAUAAAGGCAAGAGGCCAA